AAAACAUCUCAGCGGCAGGCUUAAUAACCCGUUUCCCCUAUGUUUUUUUCAGGAUACCCAUGAUGCAGGAUGAGUACGCGACGCGGUGAAAACAAUCGAAAUCGUCCCCAAAAGCAUCAGAAUAAUUUCGCCUGGAAGUUCGACAAGUUCAAGACUGAUCCCAAGACCAAAGUCGUGGCCGAUAUCGUGGUGCAAAAUUGCUGUGCCAAGUGUACUGGGGUCAUCGAGUGGAAGAUCAAAUACGGCAAGUACAAGCCUCUGACUCAACCUGGGAAGUGCACGAACUGCAGCGAGAAGCGCGUGAAAUCCGCAUAUCAAGUCCUCUGCAUACCUUGUGUCAACCUUUUGGAAGUGUGUGCCAAGUGCAGACAGAAGGAGGACAUUGUCAACACCAGAGAGCAUCAACUACUUUUGGACACGGAGCUCUUCCACAACGAGAUCAAAAAAGAGCUUCUCACUCUCCCCGAAAGGAAACGGAGAUCCUUCUUGCGGUUGGUGGAAAGAAGUGAAAACGAUCUCUACAAGGCCAUCAAGGAGCAAGAAAGAGCCGAGCGAGAGGGCUUGCCUGGUGCCGAUAGGGAGUUGCCGACCUUGAUCGAAAUCCGAAGAGACAUCAAGGAAAAAGCCAGGGUAGCGAAAGAGAAGUUUGGCCGUGCUCAAGGCUCCGACGAUCUUGAUUUAGACGACUUGGAUUUGAACGGCGACGGCGACGACGACUUGAGUGAGGAUGAGUUCUAA